CGCAAACAUUCCAUGACAAUCGACAGACAUUCAAUGCACAUCGCCACCUCUAUCUGCGCGCUCGUAUUCAUCGUUUGAGUCUAUACCACUCGUUAUUUUCGGUCGCCUUCUGCCGUUACCACCGCCAGUCAAUAUGCCGUCAAGGAUCCCCCUCGACGACGUAAAGCGUUACGCUUGGGAUGGCGCUGCGUACAGAACAGGCCGUAAGUUCAGCAGGGGAUUGCGGAAACCCUCGACAAAACCCUCGACCAAAUCCUCGUCCAGCGUACAGUCGCGAGCAGAACGGAUCCGGAGGCAGUUGGAAGGUGACACACUGGAGGCGACGAGGAGGUUACAAACGGGAGCGCCGCAGUCGACCGAGCAAGACACCUCAUCUUAUCUUUCGAGUACACCCAGCAGGACACAGACACAAAGAAGACGUCCAACCGCCGAGAGCGGCGAAGAGAAGCGGCUACGCAGGUUCCGGCCGAAACCACCACAGUCCUUCCUGGUCAAGCUGGAGCGGGCGAGAACACAACGCAUGAUUGUGCUCGGACGUAAGAGGGGGACGGACGCCGACGGGGUGCCAUACCAAGAAAUCGACAUUGUGGGCUCGACGGGCAACGUCUACCAAGUCACAAUCUCGCGGGUGCCGCGCUGCACCUGUCCGGACUCGGGCAAGGGCAACGAAUGCAAGCACAAGGUCUACGCGCUACACACGGUCCUCAAGGCGCCCGAACAUCUCCAGUAUCAACUCGCCCUGCUAUCUUCGGAACUCCACGAGAUCUUCGCCAAUGCUCCGCCCAUACCGACCGAUGUCCCUACAGACAAGGACGGCGAUGCCGACGGCAAGCGGAAACCCACCGAUGGCGAGUGUCCUAUCUGCUACAUGGACCUCGAUGAAGAACAUAACCGUCUCGUGUGGUGCAAGGCUCAGUGUGGCCACAACAUGCACAAGUCCUGUUUUGAUCAAUGGCUUGCAAGCCAGGAGGGAAGACAAGUCCGCUGUGUCUAUUGUCGAACGCCGUGGGAAUUGGAUAUUGGUGACAUUGCCGCCGUCAAGGCCGCUGGCGAACAAACUGCCGAAGGGUACAUCAAUGUGGCGGACCAGUUCGGCCUGUCGAGGGCACGCGACUAUUCGGGUUACUAUCAACCUUGGGCAAGGCAGUUCGAACCGUACAGCUUCAGUCCUUAUCCUUGGUGAACUUGGACAUUCUUGUCCUUGCUUUGGCGUUGUUCGGGCUUCAGCGAUUUGGGUAGGAGAUACUGGAAAACAGAGCUCUGCUUUUCGCUUUAAUCUGAUCACGUGUACGAGUGUCCUAUGUGCCCCUUUUCAUUACAGCCCAUCACCGUGUCAUCCGCCGAUGUUGCAUGCCCGACUGUCACAGUACACAGAGAAACAUGAGACCUAGCCGACCCGCCAACAAGAACACUGUACACUGACAUGUUGGUACAUAUAACACAAGAAUGGAAAUGUAGGCCAAUUUCUCUUAUCCCAGUACAUUGCCAGAUACGUGCAAGGAACCA